GGAGGUUGAAUUGCUGAAGGUGUUGCGGGUUUUCAAAAAAACGUCUUAGUAAGUGCCCUUCUCGUAAAUGUUGACUGAGCCGCAAAACACUCAUUCUAAAGAAACGGAGAAUAAAUUGAUUGAAAACUAUCAAAACAUAGUCAGAAAUGAUAUUGAACCUGACGAAGCUUCAAUCAAAGCUAAGGAACAAGCUAUACUGGAGCUUGGAAAUUUACUCGCUGAGAAGAAAGAUGCAAAAGGACUGGGAGACCUCAUUUUAGUAACUCGACCGUUUCUCAAGCUGAUGAGCAAAGCAAAAGCUGGUCGUCUUGUUAGGACUCUGGUUGAUUUGUUUUUGGAUCUUGAAGGAGGAACUGGUCGUGAGGUUGACCUCUGUCGUGAAUGCGUUGAAUGGGCCAACCAGGAAAAGCGUAUUUUUCUUCGUCAAGCAUUAGAAGCCCGUCUAAUGGGUCUUUAUUAUGAUAAUGGAAGUUAUGAAGAAGCAUUAAAAUUAGGUUCAAAUUUAUUACGUGAACUUAAAAAACUGGAUGAUAAAGCUCUUUUGGUUGAGGUUCAACUCAUGGAGAGUCGAGUUUAUUAUAGAUUAGGUAAUCUUCAACGGGCCCGUGCUGCACUUACAUCUGCCAGAACUACAGCAAAUGGUAUAUAUUGUCCGCCACGUUUACAGGCCAACCUUGAUCUGCUUUCCGGAAUUCUACACGCUGCUGAUGAACGUGAUUUCAAAACUGCAUAUUCUUACUUCUAUGAAGCAUUCGAAGGCUUUGACUCAAUUAGUUCCAAACGAGCUAUUGAUGCUCUUAAAUACAUGUUGCUAUCAAAAAUUAUGUUAAAUAGCGCUGAUGAAAUCCCUGGUAUUCUUACAAGUAAAUUAGCUCUAAAAUAUACAAGCCGUGAUAUUGAUGCUAUGCGAGAAGUUGGGAUCGCCGCUAAAGAACGAUCAUUGGGUGAUUUUCUACUGCUUCAAGAGAAAUACAAAACUGAACUAUCUGGAGAUCCAGUAAUUAGCAGACAUCUUCACUCAUUUUAUGAUACAUUAUUUGGUCAAAAUCUUCUGAAACUUAUCGAACCAUAUUCUCGUGUUCAAAUUGAUCAUAUUGCCAAACUUAUCAAUAUUCCUUUGGAAUUCUGGAUCAAGGUUCUGGUGUUUUAGUACUCAGAGAACCAGAAUGUGAUGGUAAAGACUAUCCUUUAGCACUAUCUGCAAUCCAAUCUCUUGGAGGUAUUGUUGAUAUGUUAUUCCAAAAAACCACUAAAUUAAAAUGACACUUUGGAUUUCCUACCUAAUGAUUUUUUAAAAAAUAUAGUUCGUUUACUUGAA